CCUCUGUCACACCGGAAGCGGAAGACGAGCUGUUGCUGUGUCGGUGUCUGUGUCACGGGUUAUUCGGUACCGAGAUGGGUCGCGGGGGCGGAACGUUUGAAAGGCUGCUGGAUAAAGCCACCAGCCAGCUCUUGCUGGAGACUGAUUGGGAGUCCAUUCUGCAGAUAUGUGAUAUGAUUCGUCAGGGAGACACCCAAGCUAAAUAUGCAAUGAAUGCCAUCAAGAAGAAGGUCAAUGACAAGAAUCCACACGUGGCUCUAUUUGCUCUCGAGGUUCUGGAGUCUGUGGUGAAAAACUGCGGCCAGACUGUGCACGAUGAGGUGGCGAACAAGCAGACCAUGGAGGAACUGAAAGAACUACAGAAGCGACAGGUGGAGCCCAACGUACGAAACAAGAUCCUUUACCUGAUCCAGGCGUGGGCCCAUGCCUUUCGUAACGAGCCAAAGUAUAAGGUUGUGCAAGAUACAUACCAAAUCAUGAAAGUGGAGGGUCAUAACUUCCCUGAGUUUAAGGAGAGCGAUGCCAUGUUUGCCGCAGAGCGGGCUCCUGAGUGGGUGGAUGCUGAGGAGUGCCACCGUUGUCGGGUGCAGUUUGGGGUAAUGACCCGAAAGCACCAUUGCCGUGCUUGUGGGCAGAUCUUCUGUGGGAAAUGUUCUUCCAAAUACUCUACCAUCCCGAAGUUUGGAAUUGAGAAGGAGGUUCGAGUUUGUGAGCCUUGCUUCGAGCAGCUCAACAAGAAAGGUGAGGGCAAAUCCACAUCAAGUGGAGAGUUGCCCCCCGAGUAUCUUACCAGCCCUCUAUCUCAGCAAUCACAGACACAGGUGGGGCAGGAGGAGCCGGGAGCGGCAGGGACAGAGACUUCCAACAGAAAGAUGCCCCCCAAGCGUGAUGAGGCAGCCCUGCAGGAGGAGGAGGAGCUGCAGCUAGCAAUCGCCCUGUCUCAGUCUGAGGCCGAGGAAAAAGAGCGGAUGAAGCAAAAGACCACCUAUGGCAUGUACCCAAAGACUGAUCCUACGCCCGUUACCUCGUCUGCCCCUCCAGCCAGCACACUGUACUCCACUGUUGCAAACUCAUCUGCCCCUCUUGCUGAGGAAAUCGACCCAGAGCUUGCUCGUUACCUCAAUCGUAACUACUGGGAGAAGAAGCAAGAGGAGGUGAGAAAAAGCCCCACUCCAUCCGCACCCAUUCCAAUGGCAGAGCCGGUGGUCCAGGCGAGUGAGGUGCCUCCAGUGAGCAUGGUGAAUGUGAUGGAGCAGCAGUACCAGAAUGGGGAAUCUGAGGAGAACCACGAACAAUUCCUGAAAGCCCUGCAGAAUGCUGUCACCACCUUCGUCAACCGAAUGAAGAGCAACCAUAUGCGUGGCAGGAGUAUCACCAACGACUCUGCCGUUCUUUCCCUCUUCCAGUCCAUAAACAACAUGCACCCACAGCUACUGGAGCUGCUCAAUCAGCUAGACGAGAGGCGCUUGUACUACGAAGGACUGCAGGACAAGUUGGCCCAGAUCAGGGAUGCAAGGGGUGCACUAAACGCACUCCGUGAGGAGCACCGCGAGAAGCUACGCCGUGCCGCGGAGGAGGCAGAGAGACAGCGGCAAAUCCAGCUGGCACAGAAACUGGAGAUAAUGAGGCAAAAGAAGCAGGAAUACCUAGAAAUGCAACGGCAGCUCGCCAUCCAACGACUGCAGGAGCAAGAGAAGGAAAGACAGCUUCGGUUGGAGCAACACAAACAGACCAUCCAAAUGAGGGCUCAGAUGCCAGCUUUCUCAUUGCCUUAUGCUCAGCUACAGUCACUGCCAGCAUCAGGAGGAGUCAUGUACCAGCCCUCUGGGCCAAAUGCUUACCCUGGCACAUUCAGUCCAUCAGGCUCUGUAGAGGGGUCCCCAAUGCAUGGUGUGUAUAUGAAUCAGCCAGGUCAGGCAACCUCUGCUCCUUACCCACCCAUGCAGGUGCCGGGCACAGAUCCCAACAUGGUGAAUGCCUACAUGUAUCCAGGUGGCUCUGCGCCCUCAGCUCAGCAAGGGCAACCAGUGCCAACCACCAACCCAACAUAUACCUCUUACCAACCUACACCUACCCAGCCUUACCAGAAUGUGGCUUCACAGAGCCUUCCUCCAAUGUCCCAGAAUCCUCCAGCAGGCGGCAUGGGUUACAUGCCCACUCAGAACGUUCCAAUGGGUUACCAGCCGUACAAUAUGCAGAACCUCAUGACCACUCUCCCUGGUCAGGAUCCAGCUCUGAGCAACAUGCCCUCUCAGCAGCCUUUCCUUGGAGGACAGCAACCUAUGUACCAGCCAAUGCCAGUAGGAGCUGGUCAACAGCAACCUCAACAGCAGCAACCAGCACAUGGCCAGCAGGGGCCGGGGGGCAGCGAAGCCCAGCUCAUCUCAUUUGACUGAUCCUUGAAGCCAUCUUUCUCUGUUCCUUUAAACAUGUCCGAUUUAGCUAUCCUUGUAUGCUGCCUCUCCUGCCCCCAGUGUGUUUAGCAUGUAGCCCGCUGCAGUAAAACACUACAUUAAUGUAAUUGCCAUUUCCAGUGUCUCACACUAUGACCGCAAGCUUCCUUCCUCCGAUAUAAUAUCACCAGAUCCCAGAGGAGCACUCUACGUUAACCAGAGGCUUACUCUCUCUGUAACACCUGAUUCUCACAUCUUGUUUGUCUUUAAAAUAGCUUGUAUUUAUACAGAGUACCCCUAGUCCACGCGAGCAAUCUCUGUAAAAAGACCCAUGUCGAAUGCAUGCUCCUGCUGUCGUGGAACGACUUACCAUUGCCUCCCAACAAGAAGCCAGUUUAUCAUUUUAAUAGUGAUAAUAGUACCCACAAUUUGAGUUAUGCCUCUAGAGAACAUUAGCUGCUCCUUUUUUUUUUUUUUUUUCUACUAAUCAUAGAGAGUGAAACUGUUUGUUACCAGCUAUGAAGUGGUUUGCCAUCCACAGGAAAUGGCAACAGAGAAAUGUGAAGCUGUCUGUGUAUCUUAACUCCUAACUGUAAUAGGGGAUCAUAAAGCUAAGUAUCCAUUAACUACAAUCUCCAAGAUGUAUUUUCAUUACGAUAUUAAAGAAACACUUUGUAGAAUGCCCUCCCCACCUCCCUGUAAGGAAUCAAACUGAUUUAAUUUAUUACCUGUGGCACGCCAGGCACUGCUCUCCGCCUUCACUACUUCCUAUGGAGAGAUACAAGCUCUGUCUGAGCUAAGCCCAGCGAUGCCGUCUCGGUUUCAUUGCUUGAAGUGUGCCUUUCAAAGCUAAAGCUAUUUAUCCUGUAAGUGUUCAGUAACUCAUGUUUAGUUCCAGGGACUCUGCUUUUCUGCUGUAUCAGAUGUGUUAUAUCUGCAUUGAUGUUUGUAAUAUGACUUACAUAGGGAAUAAAAAAAAAAAAACUUUGCAUAUGUAGUCGAUAAAGCAGAAUAUUUAAUAGGACACCUAUCGACAUACUACCAAAAUGAGCAAGUAAGGAAGGAGGGCAAUUGAUUGAGAAAUUGAAUACUUCUACCCCUUGAUAUCAGAAUGACAUAUUGCAUACAAUAAAACAGACUAAUGAUUUUACAUACCGGUGUGGUGGUGAUCGCCAGAAAAGGGCCCCCAAUUUACAAAACCUUUAUUUCUUUACAAACUAGCAUUUCCUGGCACAAUGUAUAGAUCACGGGAAUUAGAAUGCCGACUUCCUAGCUCUCAGAGACUUUCAUUUUCCCGAACCAGGAAAUUUUCUGGGUUUGUGUCAAAGAUAAAUGGAAAAUAAAGUUUAACAAAACAGCUGAAGAUUUUAUAAUGUGAG